AUGUAUCAGUGGUUCAAGGGACGUUACCCAUGGUCCAUUGAAGCUGCCUUGAAGAAAUACGGCGACGUCGUACGCAUCGCGCCAAACGAGAUUGUCUUCUUCACCGUCCAGGCCCAGAAUGGUCAGUCAUUCCUCAGUCUCCCAUCCUUGGGCCCACCAGUCCUAACGAGUACUUAUCUUUCACCUAGAUAUCCUUCUAAGCGGCACCAAGGGAAAGCCCGCGUUUAG